AUGGUCUUCAUCUACGCUUACAUGAUGAUGAUUGCCAAGCACCACCAGCGGCAGAUCCACCAGGAACCGAGCAGCAAGGGUUCGCAGGAGGCAGUAGCGACCAGAAAAUCCUUUUCUGCUGAGCUCGUCAAGCAUCUGAAGCUUGCCAAGCCGUUUGGCAUCGUCGUCAGCGCCUUCGUCGUCUGCUGGGCUCCGUACUCCAUUCUGACGCUGCUGAGCGUGGCCGACGUCUACCACGACACGCUCGGCGUGGCGACAGGCUUCGGCUAUAUGAUGGCAGACUCCAACUCUUUUAUGAACUUUUUCAUAUAUGCUUCAACGAGCAGUAAGUUCCGCGCCGCCUUCCGGGCGGUGUUGCGCUCGCGUGGACACUAA